AUGCGCGAAGGCCACAUGCUCGAGGCGCAGUCCACGCGCGGCACGCGCGACGUCGUCGGGCUCGCCGCCGCCGGCUCCGCUUCGUCGAAGCGCGAGCUGCUGCUCCAAGACUCGAGGACGCUCACGAGGCGGAAAUCGCAGAGCUUGGGCAAGUUCGGCCAGGAUCAGGCCGCGUUCUCGCCCUACUACAUCGCGAAGCACCUCACGCUCUUCCUCGGGGCCAUCAUGCUCUUCGGCGCGGUCCUCUACUUCUGCGAGAAGGACAAGGAGAAGGAGGACCGCAAGGCCCUGAAGAAAAAGAUAAUCGCCAUCCAGCGCGACUUCGGGCAGCUCUACGACUUCGCGGCGACCAACGCGACCGUGCUCGCGGUCGUCGACGACCUCCGGCGCGCCAUCACGACGUCGUGCGACCUCCGGCCCGGCUACGUCUACUGGACCUGGCCCGGCGCCGUCUUCUUCGUCACGACCCUCGUGACGACCAUCGGCUACGGCACGUUCGCGCCGCAGACGCCCUGGGGCAAGGUCGCGUCGUCCGUCAUCUGCGUCUUCGGCGUCGCCUACUUCGGCUACAUCCUCAACCUGACGGGCGCCGCGGUCCACGAGGCCGUCAAGCAGUCCCAGCGCUUCUUCCGGAAGGUGUUGCGGCGGCCCAAGCACAAGCGCAAGCACCACGGCCUCGCGCGGGCCUGCUUCGUGUGGGCGGUGCUCUACAUCGUCGUCGUCGCGCUCGGCGCGCAGCAGGCGGGCGUCAUGACCUUCGGCAACGCGGCGUACAUGGGCGUGGUGACGUUCACGACCGUGGGCCUCGGCGACUUCGCGCCGCCGCUGAUCCGCGGCGAGGCGACGCGCGACCAGGUCAUGCGGCAGUACGUCUACGGGUCCGUCGUCGCCUUGAUCGGGCUCACGCUCCUCUCGGCGCUCAUCUCGUCGAUCAACCUCGAGUUCUUCAGCGAAGAUGGCGGCGUCGAGCACGUCCUCCUCAACUCAGGAAAAUUCUCCUUCGGCGACGGCGACGACGGCGACGGCGACGACGGCGACGGCGCGGCGUCGCCCGGCGAGCUCCGGCGCUCGCUCGGAAAACACAAGCUCGUCAGGAAGCAGAGCACGUCGUCGCCCCCGACGAGGACCCCCCGGCGAUAA